GCGAGUACUCGGGGCCUUGGCACUCUGCUGGAGAGAAGCCGAGGAGAGGCAUGGGGCUGCUGGGAGGAUCCGUGUGGCUGCUGUGCGUCUCGACGGCGCUGGCUGCCUCCUCCUUACGCCAGCCCCGGCAUGUGGAGGCGCCGCGGAGCGCGUCCCCCUCCGGCUCCCUCUGGCCGCUGCCUCGCGUGCUCCACAUCUCCGCCGCCCAGCUGCAGCUUGCGCCCAAGCGCUUCCAGAUCGUCCACGGCUCUGGGUCCUCGGCGGGGCCGCGCUGCUCCCUGCUACAGGAUGCCUUCCGCAGGUAUUAUGAAUACAUAUUUGGGUAUUCCAAAUGGCAGAAUCAUGAUGACAAAUCUUUAGCCAAUACUGAGCUAACUGCACUUCAGGUUAUUAUUACUGCAGAAGAAUCUGACUGUGACAAAUAUCCUGACAUCUCAUCAGAUGAGGCUUACCAGCUCUAUGUAGGAGAGCCUGUGGCUGUGCUGAAAGCAGGCAAGGUUUGGGGAGCAUUAAGAGGUUUGGAAACAUUCAGCCAGCUAGUAUAUGAAGAUGACUAUGGAAGUUUCUUUAUCAAUGCAUCUGACAUUACUGACUCCCCAAGAUUUGCUCACCGAGGAAUCUUAAUUGAUACAUCAAGGCAUUUUCUGCCCUUGAAAAGUAUCCUGACCAAUUUGGAUGCCAUGGCUUUUAACAAAUUCAAUGUCCUGCACUGGCACAUUGUAGAUGACCAGUCCUUUCCUUAUCAGAGUGUUACUUUUCCUGAGCUGAGUGCUGAGGGGGCCUAUUCUUACAAUCACAUUUACACCCCUACUGAUGUCCGUCUGGUGAUAGAGUAUGCUCGAUUACGUGGCAUUAGAGUGCUCCCAGAAUUUGACACCCCAGGGCAUACACGGUCUUGGGGAGAAGGACAGAAAGAUAUCCUUACACCAUGCUACAAUGGAGAGCAUCCGAGUGGCUCUUAUGGACCUGUAAACCCCGUUUUGAAUUCAACUUAUAAUUUCAUGGCUAAAUUAUUCAAGGAAAUUAGCACUGUGUUUCCUGACGACUACAUCCACUUAGGAGGAGAUGAAGUGGACUUCACUUGUUGGAAGUCUAACCCUGAUGUGAAAGAGUUUGUGAAGAAGCAAGGGAUUUGGUAUAGCUACGCUAAAUUGGAAUCUUACUACAUUGAAAAAAUGUUGGACAUUGUAUCCUCCAUUAACAAAAAAGCCAUAGUUUGGCAGGAAGUAUUUGAUAAUGGAGCAGAGCUACCGUCAGAUUCAAUUGUUGAAGUCUGGAUGGGGAACUUGUAUCAAGAAGAAUUAAGACAAGUAACAAAAGAAGGGCUCUCUGCAAUCCUGGCAGCACCUUGGUACCUAGACUACAUUAGCUACGGCCAAGACUGGAAGAAAUACUACAACGUUGAACCACUCAGCUUUCUUGGGUGUGAAUCACAGAAAAAGCUGGUGAUUGGUGGAGAAGCCUGUCUCUGGGGGGAAUUUGUAGAUGCAACCAAUCUCAUUCCAAGACUCUGGCCUCGAGCAAGUGCUAUUGGUGAGAGACUCUGGAGCAGUAAAAAUGUGACUGAUCUUGAAGAUGCUUACACCAGGCUGGUUGAACACCGUUGUCGCAUGCUUAGGCGUGGAAUAGCAGCUCAGCCACUGUAUGUUGGAUUCUGUCGUCAUGAAGUGAGGGAUCCAUAAUGCCUAUAAGGAUGUGACAUUACUAGCAGUGCCUUUGGGUAGGGAAACUUGUACAUUCCAUCAAAUGUUUGUACUGGAGCCAUCAACUUCAAAAUGCUGGAAUUUUACUUAGAAUUAAAUUUUGCACGUUUGACAGGGAAAAAUUCUGUUCAUUAGGUAAUUUAAAAAUAAAUGCUAAUGUGUUUAUUUAAGCCAGUAGGUUUUUAUGAAAUGUAACUGAUAUUCCUGUACAAGUAUAUAAAAUAAGAUGAUACAUUCUUUCUUUAAUAAAUGGACUCUUCCAUGAAAACACGUCA